AUGAGUAGUGGUUCAGGUAAAGAAGAAGAAGAGAGUACUGAAGAAGAACAGAGUACUGAAGAAGAAGAACAGAGUACUGAAGAAGAAGACAGUAGUGACGAAGAAGAAAAUAACACAGAAGCAGAGAGUAGUGACACUGAUGAGAGAAUGGGUUUUCAAGUACCUGAUGAAGAUCAAGAGGAACAGACAUCCUUUAGUGGAACAGGAAGGAUCCUGCAAGUGGAUUAUGCCAAUAUAUGUGCAUCCAAUGGAGAACCAUCUGUGGGAAUUAUAGCGCAGAAUGGCGUCGUCAUUGCAAGCGAGAAGAAACUAAUCAAUAGCCUGAUUGAAAGUCAUAGCAUAUUGAAAAUGGCAAAACUAAACGAAUGCCUUGGCAUGGUCUAUUCCGGUAUUGAAGCUGACUUUCGACAGCUGACUAGGCUGGCUACGAAGAUAGCAACGGGUUAUAUGGUGGCUGAAGAUGACACAAUACCACUGGAAGUAUUACUGCAAGAGCUAGGUGCCAAUAUACAGCAAUAUACACAGUCUAGUGCUGUGCGACCUUUUGGUAUUUCACUUCUAAUUGCCGGCUGGCGUAGAGAUCGUGCCCAUCUCUAUAAGAUGACCUGUACCGGUUGCUUUGAGCCCCUCAAGGCCGUUGCAAUUGGUCGCAAUGCUGAGGCGGCUAAUGCUUAUCUGGAAAGACAGUACUCUGAAGAGAUUGUCUUGGAAUCUGCCAUUUGUCUGGCCCUCCAGACCCUCAAGUUGUCCUGUGGUAAUAAUUCAAUAGGUGCUCAUCAAAUGGCCGUUGGCAUUUCCGAUGCUAACGGCUUCAAAAUUCUGAAAGACUUCGAAGUCGGCCUCUUAUUGGCGCACUUGAGAGAGAUUCCUUGA